AUGUUCGAGUCCGCCAGCGACCGUUAUCACCUGCGUCUUCAUCGAGCAAGGAGUGUCGUGCUGACUAGCGAGGAGAUGGUGGAAGUCCGAGCCUCUCAACGCACGUUUGAAGGAGCCUACAUUAGAACAUCUCUGUCGCAGUUCAGCUUCGCCCUAGUCAUAUUGAAGAUAUUCACAGCCGAAUUCUACUCAAUCGGUGCCCUGUUCGCAGUGUACGGCGCCGGCAUUCUUCUAAUUUCGCUUUUCCGCCGACAACAGGGAAAUCAACAGUUUUUCUCCGAAAUUGGAGACCACGGGCUGAACCAGAAAAGAUUCAAAACCAGCGGGAACGUUGUCGUGGUGCUGACUGCGUUGUCGGUAGCGGCGUAUACAAUCCUGCUGGUUCUCACCUUGAAACUUCCCGCAUAA